CCAUAGCAAGUGGGUUAGCUCUAACCCCCUAUAAAUACGCAUGCUAGGGUUAGGGUUAAGUCAUCAAUACACACAGAGGCGUAGCCUUUUUUUCUUCUAACUCAAUCAACCCAAAUGCUGGCUUUUUUCCGUCUUCUUUACUCCUGUGCUUGAAUUAGUAAACUCAUCACCAGGAACCUCUUGAACCCAUUUCCAUUUACACGUCCAAAAGAUUGUUAGGGUUUUGCAAUGAUGAAAAAACGCCAAGUAUCACUCAAAAGAGAUAGUGGGUCUGGAAGAGCUUCUACUACUUCAUCUUCAGUGGUGAGAAAUGUGAGAUAUGGAGAGUGCCAAAAGAAUCAUGCGGCGAAUAUCGGAGGAUAUGCUGUGGAUGGUUGCAGGGAAUUCAUGGCGAGUGGAGAGGAAGGUGCUGGUGGUGCCCUCAUGUGUGCUGCUUGCGGCUGCCACAGGAAUUUCCACAGAAGGGAAGUGGAAUCUGAGGUAGUUUGUGAGUAUUCUCCGUCUAAUCAUAGUCAAAGAUAGAUUCACAACACACAUGUAGAGUGAAGAAUUUUAUAUAUGAUAUGUAUUUGACUGAUUGUUGUGUGAAAAAAGAAACACAAAACUUUUAUCUUCAAGCUGUGUGCAUGCUCUUCAGAUUUGUUUAAGAUUGUGUUACUUAAGUAAUGCAAAUCCUUCAGCAAAAAUUGAAGGACUUCCUUUU